AUGGUAUAUGGGACUUUUCAAAGCCGACAAAACUCAAGAGUUCAAGGGCUCUUAGAAGACCACCAUCAGCAUCUCGCCGCUUCAGCAUCGGCAGACAAAUCGAACCGGAAGUGCAAUACGAGCGGAAGUUCCGCCGAAGACUUUAGUGCCCUCUAUGGCGGGUUGCCGCACUCGCAUGACCACCACGGCAACCACACGCCAGCUCACACGCCUCCAGCACCUUCUAGAACGAUAGCUGACCAUACAGAUGGGGCCUUCAAGAAACUCAAACCGGAGCCCCAGACGCCCAGCAGUUCUUCGAUAGGGGGCGCGGUGUCUCCGGGGGGGCCCACUCAUGCUGGUCACACUCCUACCACUGCUUCUUGUCCCACACCUGCACGAAGAAGACACCGAACUACCUUCACUCAAGAACAACUGGCGGAGUUGGAGGCGGCUUUUGCUAAGAGCCACUAUCCGGAUAUUUACUGCAGGGAGGAGCUGGCCAGGAGCACCAAGUUGAAUGAGGCUCGAAUUCAGGUGUGGUUCCAAAACCGCAGAGCAAAAUACCGAAAACAGGAAAAGCAGCUCCAAAAAGCUCUGGCUCCAAGUGUGCUGCCUGGAUGUAACGGUGCGAUGAUGCGCAACAUUUAUCCAGGAGCAGCCAGAGGCUACCAGCCCUAUCCACAUCCAACGGCCAUCAACCGAUACCCUCAG